AUGGUAAUAAUUCCCCCUGGUAUUGUUCUCCACGAUGGGUCUUCGUCAUUACUUAUAAUUUUGUUAUCAGAAGAAGUGCAGAGGAAGCAGAGUGAGUACCAGAAGUGCCUCGAGUCAUACAAGCAGAUGAGGACGAAGUUCGAGGAGAACUACCUUAAAUGUAAGUGUCCAACUAGUAGAGGUGGUCGUAAGUUAGACGAGACUCGAGAUAAAUACGGCAAGGCGUGCAGGCGACUCCACAGGGCACACAACGAAUAUGUCCUCCUGUUAGCUGAAGCUACCGAGUGCGAGAGGGCUCUGAGAACGGCUGCCCUCCCGGCGUUAUUAGAUCAGCAGAGGAGGCAAGGAGAAGCGACUGCUACUUCAUGGAAAGGGAUAUUAUUGGAAGUGGUGCAGCGCGGCGACUUCAGCACAGAGAAGUUCAGGGAGAUACAGAGUAAGAUCGAGACCACUGUACAAAAUAUAAGGCCACAAGACGAGUACAAGGAAUUCUUAGAAAAGUAUAGAUCACCAUCAUCCACUCCCGUUGUCUUUACAUUCGACGAGAGCUUAGUGGAAGACACGAGUGGAAAGUUGCAGCCGAACCAACUGACCGUAGACAACUUAACGGUAGAAUGGUUGAAGGAGAAACUCACCGAGCUAGAGUCGACUCUCCAAGACAACAGAGAGAAGCAAACCGCAUUACAAGGACCUGAGAUUAUAGGCAAUGGUGUCUGUAAGAAUAAUAACACCGGACUCACUAAUGGUGUCAACGGAAUUGACAGGCAUUCACCACCACCAAUUCCUGUGACAACAUCAGAACCGGUCAAGCUACUAGAACUGCGUGUAGCAGAGCGUAAAUGCGCAAAACAAGCCGAAAUGAUCCGAUCGGCUCUCGCAGAGCUUGGCUGUGAAGAAGCCCCUAGUGGCUGCCCGGACUUGUCCGCAGAGACAGUCGGCGUCGAUAGCUUGGAUGGGAGUUCGCCUGAUCAUCAGGACCGUUCAUCGAUCAACUCAAAAGCGUCCAUGGAUACUCUACGGUUGCAUCUCCAUUCUAUAAUACCACCGAAGCCAUUCUUCAGAAUAUUUACACGACCGUUCAGACGCAAAUCUGUACCUUCUAGUCCAGCUCUACCUCCUAAGACUUACAGAAGCAGCAGCGAGGGUCCGGCCGAUACGGUAAAAGUACUGGCUCUCCCCAAGAGACGGAUGAAGUUGUUGAAGCGCCGUUUGCGCAAACGCAUGGACGUUUAUGUGCAUUGUCGUGUAGAAAGCGCGGGCGUUUUUAGAAAAAGACGGAAGAGCCGCGGCUCUGUUGUUAACUGUUCUAACAGUGUGUUGCCACCGCCAAUUGUUGUGCCACGAAGGAAGAAAAGAUUGAAGCAAUUACAACUCGAAUUGGCGAACGAACUUGUAGGUUACCAUGCUUUGACUGUGUUACUGUGUGCUAUGUCUCAAUUAGAGUUCAAACCUGAAGUGAGCGUGAGUGAAACGGAACGAUCUCUAGUGGAGCAAGAGUGGUUCCACGGUGUAUUACCGCGGGAGGAAGUGGUGCGAUUGCUGCGAGCUGACGGUGACUAUCUCGUGCGCGAGACUACAAGGAAUCAUGCGCGACAGCUCGUGCUGUCCGUAUGCUGGGGACAGCAUAAACACUUCAUUGUGCAGACUACGCCUGAGGGUCAUUACCGCUUCGAAGGUGCGGCAUUCCCUUCAGUGGCGGAGCUGAUAGCGUGGCAGCGCACUAGCGGCGUGCCGGUGACGGCCCGCUCCGGUGCUCUGCUGCGCCGCGCCGUGCCGCGCGAGAACUGGGAGCUGAACAACGACGACGUGCAGCUGCUGGACAAGAUCGGCAGGGUGCCCGAUGCCGAAGCCGAAGCCGAAGCUUCGGUCGGACACUACAAAAUAAAUGCUUUAUUAUUAUUAUUAAAUUCACCUUAUGAUUCAAAUCAAGAAUCACAAGAACUAACAGGCAAGGGCAAUUUCGGCGAUGUGUAUAAAGCACGCUUGAAGACUGGUCAGGAGGUAGCAGUGAAGACGUGCCGCGUGGCGCUGCCUGACGAACAAAAGAGAACGUUCCUGCAGGAGGGAAGGAUCCUUAAACAGUACCAGCAUCCGAAUAUAGUACGACUUAUAGGCAUCGCUGUACAGAAGCAACCUAUAAUGAUCGUAAUGGAACUAGUCUCCGGUGGUUCUCUAUUAACAUUCUUGCGGACUCGGGCGUCUUCGCUGAGUUCCAGAUCUCUACUAGCGAUGUGUCGCGACGCCGCGGCUGGAAUGAGAUAUUUAGAGUCCAAGAACUGCAUCCACCGUGAUCUGGCAGCUCGGAACUGUCUCGUAGGCGACGAUAACGUCGUCAAGAUAUCAGACUUCGGCAUGUCCAGGGAGGAAGAGGAGUAUAUAGUCUCUGGGGGAAUGAAGCAAAUACCUAUCAAGUGGACGGCACCUGAGGCACUUAAUUUCGGAAAAUAUACUUCCCUUUGUGAUGUGUGGAGCUACGGUGUGCUAAUGUGGGAGAUAUUUUCCAAAGGCGACACACCAUACGCAGGCAUGAGCAAUUCUCGCGCCAGGGAGAAGAUUGACGCUGGGUACAGGAUGCCAGCACCGGAGGGAUGUCCAGAAGACGUGUACGCUCUGAUGCUACGCUGCUGGGAGUACGAGCCGGAGAAACGGCCGCACUUCCACCAAAUAUACACCAUUAUAGACAACAUUCACAACAGAUAACAGCCACAUUAACGGUUCAAAUAUGUUACAGAUAAAUAGAAGAAGUGAUUAAUAUUUUAUGCAAAUGCAAUAUCAAAGAUCUACCAAAUGAUUUUACCACUUUACAAUUACAACGUGUUUAUCUAAAUUUGAUUAUGUGUAAAAGAAGCUGCCUAUGCCAUAUUUAGGAGGAACAAGGAAACAAAACAAGAAGACAAAUAAAAGUGACAUGAUAUUACUU